AUCUUAAGCUAAUUAAAUUAUCACAUGAGACUCAACAACAGUGCAGUGUAAGCUUAGCUAUAAUUAUAGCUCUGUGCAAGCUCCUUCAAGGCUUUUUCAAGGCUUAAUAUUAUAUGAGUGUCCACUAAAGAGAUGUCUGGUCCCUCGCUAGAAGAUUUUAAACCAGAGGCCUUCACCCUCGAGAAGUAUGUGGAGAAACUGGCUCAGCUUAACCCGGACACUGGCCUGGGACCACUCAGCAAGAGCAAGUCAAAGCCAUUCGAACCUCAGGUUCUGUUAGAGUCGUUUGAGGCGAGUAUGCAUGUUCUAGAGGAUCUGACUGAGAAAAACCAGAGGAAGGUGGACAAGUUGGAGCACGUCUGUGUCAAGAGAGAGGAGGAACACAGGAACAGAAUCAAAGAUCUGGACUCUACUUACUCGGAUGCAUUUACUGAGUUCCAGGCUCUGGAGGAGAGGAUAACCAACGUCUCGACCAAGGUGGUGCAUUUGGGGGACCAGCUGGAGAGCUUGAACCACCGUCGAAUGCGUGCCGUGGAGGCCCAGUCUCUCAUGACCUACCUGGGAGAGUUUGAGGAGAAGUCCAAACCAUCCAUUCCCAUGUUCACAGAUCCUGCUCGAAAACUCGAUGCUGCUGACCUCAUCUUCAAACUGUACACACUGUCUCGUGAGCUACCCUCAGAGAAAAAAUACACGAAUGUGAAACAAAAUAUCAAUGCCAAGUUUGCGGAGACUGAGAGUCAACUGGUGGAUGGAUUCAUUGAUUCACUACAGUCCUUGGACACUCGGAGAAUGAAAGAGUACGCACAAGCACUGCAGUCAUUUAAUUUGGGAACAGCCAGAGUGGUGGAAAACUACAUUGUUCACAACAUGCCUAAAGCCACUCAUUACAGCUGUGCAGACGAGAUGUUCAGUGUGGUCGAGGGAAAGUGUAGAAAGGCACAUGAUCAAAUGGUUGAAGUGUUUCAUAAUCCUGAUGUGGUCUUGAUCAAAUUUCUGCAAGCUAUUGUGGAUAAAGUAUUAGGAAAGUAUAUUGACCAAGAGCUGCAGGGCUUAAAGUUGCAGUCUGGGGACAAGGAACGCUACUUGGUUCGACUUCACGCCCUCUACCAGAAGAGCAUGGCACUUCAGCAGAACAUUGGCAAGUUUGAUGCCAGCAUUGAGCAAUCCUUUCUCUCCAAGAUGAUACGAGUCAACCUCUUCAUGAAAUAUCUCACCUCUUACUCUGAGAUGGAGCUUGCUCACCUGAAGUUCCGUUGUGACCAUGCCCUCUCUGACUUCCAGGACAUGGUCGGCAUCUCUUUGAGACCAGGAGGAAAGAGUGUGACUAUAUCUCAGGGUGAUCCUGGAGAGACGUUUGUGUCUCAGGAGGUGUGCACUAGCAUCCUGCACGAGGCCAAGGGCAGCAUCAGACGAGCACAAGAUCUCCUGGGAGAGAGGGAACUGUCAGAGCUGGUACAGGGAGUGUACUUUGCCAUCCUGGACAAGGUCUGCACUGAGCACUUCCACACUGCACUGGAUAUAGGACAAAACGUUGACCCCAAGAUGUCCCCUGUUGGUCACUUCUGUGUGGUAGUGGGUAACGUCAACUGUAACAUGCACCUCGUGGACAAACUGUUCAGAGAAGCCAUACUACCUUGCAUACAUAUUCCCUCAGCGGCUACCAACUGUGUUGAGAAGAAGAGAGAUGUCAUCUCGAAACUUGAGGCAAAGAUAGAGAGUGGAAUAGAGAAGAACCUUGGCUGGAUGGUGAGCACUGUCAAGAGCAUCCUGGUAGCCUACCAGAAGAAGACAGACUAUAAGCCUGAGGGCAUAGCGGUGGCAGAAGGCUCUCAGGCGUGUAGCCGCUCUGUGACGUACAUGAGCCAGUGUUGUCGUGUGCUGAGUGAAUCACUAGAUGGUAAGAACUUGGAGGCAGUGCUACUUGAGCUGGGCACUCGACUGCACAAGGUCAUCUUCGAGCACGUCCAAACACAUUCCAUUAAUGAAAUGGGUGCCAUGAUCCUCAUCUGUGACAUGAACGAAUACAGACGAGUCAUUAAAGACUUUAAGAACCCUUUUCUUGAUGAGCUGUACGAGAGCCUUCAGACACUGUGCAAUAUAUUUGUGGUCAAGGCAGACAAUCUACAUCAAGUGUUAUCAGAGGAGCCCUACGUGAACUUUGACCGGGCAGUACUGCAAGCUCUGGUGGCUGCACGUGCAGACAACAAGAGUGCCAAACUGAGCAAAAUGUUCUAGCUGUAUAAUUGUAUAAACUGCCACUUGUAACCAUCAGACAUUUUAUAUUCCACAUUAAUUUCAAUUCACGAUACAAAUUAUACACAAGUCUUUAUUAUGUAACAA